GUCUCUCGUCCUCUGUGAAACACCUGGGCUCAGUGGCAGCAGGUCGAUAUGCUCUCUACCUGUUCUUUGAGCAGUCCAUGGUGUGGGUGUUACUGCUCCGUCUGCUCUGCUACUCUGCCUUGUUCCUCAACCGCUACUUCAGCAGCCGAGGAAUCUUCCUCUCCGCCACCAUCCUCAUCUAUCUACUCAUGGGAGAGCUACAUAUGAUUGACACAGUGACCUGGCAUAAAUUAGAAGGUUCUCAGAUGGUGGUGGCCAUGAAGGGCAUUUCUCUGGCUUUUGACCUGGACAGAGGCACCAUGCCUGCUGUUCCCAAUCCUCUGGAGUUCACAGGCUACAUUCUCUUUGUGGGCACUGUCAUCUUUGGGCCCUGGGUCAGCUACUCAAGCUACGAAGAGGCCAUUGAGAGCCACAAGCUGAGUUUGACCUGGCUCCAGAAGUUUUCAGUGAGCUGGGUCAAAUGCCAGGUGUGCUUGGUGAUAUCCAACUGCAUCGCCCCAUACCUCUUCCCCUACUUCAUUCCAAUCCACGGGGGCGGAGGACUGCGCACGUGGCUCCACGCCUAUGAGAAUGCUGUAUCCUUCCACUUCAGUAACUACUUUGUUGGCCACCUUAGCGAAAGUACAACUGUGCUAGCAGGAGUAGGUUUUACUGAAGACAAUGACAAUGUUAAAUGGGAUCUGAAAGUGGUUAAGCCUCUCAAUGUGGAGUUGUCCAGGUCCAUGGUGCUAGUGGUGACCUCCUGGAACAUCCCCAUGUCUCGCUGGCUCAACAACAGAUGUUUUCAAAAUGCGUUGAAACUUGGCACAUUUCCUUCCAUCAUUGUGACUUACACAGCCAGUGCCUUGCUACAUGGCCUGAGUUUCCAUCUUGGGGCCGUGCUGCUGUCUCUGGGCUUCAUCACUUAUGUUCUGAGGGAGAGGCUGGCAGCCAUUUUUAGUGCCUGUAUCCUGUCCAAACAGUGUCCCACCGAUUGUCGCCAUCAGUACCAGAAGGAGCUAUGGGUGUAUGGGAUCAACAUGCCCUUCAGUGCCAUGGCCAUCUUCCAUCUGACAUACCUUGGCUCCCUGUUAGACGCUGACAUAGAAAACUUGGCUGCAGAGGAGGGUUAUGUGGCCAACCACACCAUUCAGAAGUGGUCAGAGUUGAGCUGGGCCAGCCACUGGCUGGUCUUCGCCUGCUGGUUAUUCUACCGCCUCAUUCAGUGAUCUCAUUUGACAGAAGGCCUGGACUGUACAGA